AUGUCUUCCCAGAGACUGGUUACUCUUCUCCUAUCAGCAGGCUACGCCCUGGCUGUGCCAACCCACGUCCUCAACACCGACUUCCCCGACCCAGCCAUCAUCCAAACCGACCAGGGCUACUACGCCUUCGGCACCCAGGGCAAUGGCCUCCGCGUCCAAGUCGCCCAUUCCGACGACUUCACCACCUGGUCUCUCCUCAACGGCACAGAUGCCAUUCCAGGUCCAUUUCCGGAGUGGGUGAACCAGGACAACCCGCAGAUCUGGGCGCCGGAUGUUAUUCAACGCGACGACACAUUCAUCAUGUACUACUGCGCCGUCUCGGACACAAACGGAAACAAACACUGCGUCGCAGCCGCAACGUCCUCCUCCAUCGAGGGGCCCUACACCCCCGAAGCAGACCCGAUCGCGUGCCACACGGACGAAGGUGGCGCCAUCGACCCAAUGGGAUUCCAAGACGAGGACGGCACGCGGUACAUCCUGUACAAAGUCGACGGGAACAGUCUGAACGAGGGAUCUGAGACACAUCCUACCCCGUUGAUGCUGCAGAAGCUGCAGAGUGACGGGCUGCGCCGUGAUGGGGACCCGGUGGCUAUCCUGGAUAGGGAUGAUGGGGAUGGACCGCUGGUUGAGGCGCCGAGUUUGGUGAAGGUUGGUGGGAUUUAUUAUUUGACGUUCUCGUCGAAUAUGUAUAAUACGUUGGCCUAUGAUGUGAGUUAUGCGACUGCGUCUGCGGUGGAGGGGCCGUAUACGAAGGCCAAGCACCCGGAUGCGCCGUUGCUUGUUAGUGGGGAUGCAGGCAGUGAUGGGGAUUUGGGGGGGCCUGGGGGUGCGGAUUUCUUGGAUGGGGGGAGGAUUGUCUUCCAUGCGUUUAACAAUGGGAGGGAUAUUGGGGAUGGAAGGGGGGUUUGGAUUGCUGAUAUUGCAGUUGGGGAUGGGAAGAUUACUGUGCAAUAA